CCCGCCGCCGGCAGCAUGCUGGAGCCGCCGCCCGCGGAGCCGCCGCCCGCGGGCAGGGACGUGCGGGACCGCCUCAGCCUCUGGGACCGCCGCCCAGAGCCCACCGCGCCGCUCAGCGACCGCCAGACCGACUCGGUGCUGGAGCUGAAGGCGGCGGCCGAGAACCUGCCGGUGCCUGCCGAGCUUCCCAUUGAGGACUUGUGCAGCCUGACAUCCCAGUCGCUGCCUGUUCUGCUGACAGCUGCGGUGCCAGACUCCACAGAGGAUGUCCUUUUGAAGGGAUUUGCAACACUAGGGAUGGAGGAUGAAAGAAUUGAAACAGCACAGCAGUUCUUCUCCUGGUUUGCUCAGGUGCAAACACAGAUGGAUCAAGAUGAAGGUGCCAAGUAUAGACAGAUGAGGGAUUACUUGUCUGGCUUUCAGGAGCAGUGUGAUGCUAUCUUGGAUGAUGUGAAUAGUGCCCUUCAGCACCUGGAGUCACUGCAAAAGCAGUAUCUUUUUGUGUCCACAAAGACAGGAACGCUGCAUGAGGCCUGUGAACAGCUUCUGAAAGAGCAGUCAGAACUUGUUGACCUGGCUGAAAACAUCCAGCAGAAACUUUCUUACUUUAAUGAGCUGGAAAACAUCAACACUAAAUUGAAUUCCCCUACGCUGUCCGUGAACAGUGAAGGAUUCAUUCCAAUGCUGGCUAAGCUUGAUGAUUGUAUUGCAUAUAUUUCAUCACAUCCAAAUUUUAAAGACUAUCCUGUAUAUUUGACUAAAUUUAAACAAUGCCUUUCUAAAGCUAUGCACCUUAUCAAGACAUACACUGUGAAUACACUACAGAACCUCACAACCCAGUUAAUGAAAAGGGAUCCUUCAGCUGUGCCAACUUCUGACAAUGCCUUCACGCUGUUUUAUGUGAAAUUCAGAGCAGCUGCUCCCAAAGUCAGAACUCUUAUUGAACAAGUUGAACAAAGAUCUGAAAAAAUGCCAGAGUAUCAGCAAGUUCUCAAUGAAAUCCAUCAAUGUUACCUUGACCAGCGGGAGCUUUUGCUUGGUCCAAGUAUCGCUAGCACUGUUACGGAAUUAACCAAUCAGAAUAACAGAGAUCACUGUGCUCUGGUACGAAGUGGUUGUGCCUUUAUGGUCCAUGUAUGCCAGGAUGAACACCAGCUUUACAACGAGUUCUUCACAAAACCAACACCAAAACUGGAUGAACUGUUGGAGAAGUUGUGUCUUUCAUUGUAUGAUGUCCUGAGGCCAAUGAUCAUCCAUGUCAUUCACUUAGAGACACUUUCUGAACUCUGCGGGAUUCUCAAAAACGAGAUGCUUGAGGAUCAUGUACAGAACAAUGCUGAACAGCUGGGUGCAUUUGCAGCUGGUGUCAAGCAGAUGUUGGAAGAUGUACAAGAGCGCCUUGUCUAUAGGACGCACAUUUACAUUCAGACCGACAUCACCGGCUACAAGCCUGCGCCGGGAGAUCUCGCCUAUCCUGACAAGCUGGAAAUGAUGGAGCAAAUUGCACAGAGUUUGAAAGAGGAACAGAAGAAGUUGCCAUCUGAAGCUUCAUUUUCAGAUGUCCGGCUAGAAGAUCCCGAGUCCUCCAGCUUAGUUAAAUCUGGUUCAGCUGAAUCCCUUAAUCCCAGGCAUCAGAGCACGAUUUCACCUGCAGAUCUGCAUGGAAUGUGGUAUCCUACUGUCAGAAGGACUCUAGUGUGUCUCUCCAAACUGUACAGAUGUAUAGAUAGGGCAGUGUUUCAGGGAUUAUCGCAAGAGGCCUUAUCUGCCUGCAUCCAGUCGCUGCUGGGAGCUGCUGAUUCCAUCAGCAAAAACAAGACCCAAGUUGAUGGACAGCUUUUCUUAAUAAAACACCUUCUGAUUCUUCGUGAACAAAUUGCUCCUUUCCACACUGAUUUCACCAUUAAGGAAAUUUCCCUGGACCUUAAGAAAACUAGAGAUGCAGCGUUUAAAAUCCUGAAUCCUAAGGCAGUUUCAAGAUUUUUCAGACUAAACAGCAACAACGCCUUGAUACAGUUCUUACUGGAGGGUACUCCAGAAAUCAGAGAACAUUAUAUCGACUCCAAGAAAGACGUAGAUCGUCAUCUGAAAUCAGCUUGUGAGCAGUUUAUUCAGCAGCAAACCAAACAGUUUAUAGAACAGCUGGAGGAGUUCAUGACAAAGGUAGCUGCUUUAAAAACAAUGGCCACUCAAGGAGGUCCCAAUUACAGCCUUUCACAGCAACCGUGGGCACAACCAGCAAAGAUCAACGAUCUGAUCUCUUCCACUUACAAGACAAUAAAAACAAAGUUGCCAUCAACUUUACGAAGCAUGUCCUUAUACUUGUCCAAUAAAGAUACAGAAUUAAUUCUAUUUAAGCCAGUCAGGAAUAACGUUCAGCAAAUGUUCCAGAAACUCCAUGCUCUGUUAAAGGAAGAAUUUAGUAAUGAAGACCUCCAGAUCAUAGCUUGUCCUUCAAUGGAACAGGUGAACUUACUGUUGUCGAUGUCCAAGUAGCUCAACAGUGAGGCUACUUGGAAUAAUCUUCAGCCAAGUGCCAGGCAGUGAAGGGAAUGCAGUGCUUGAAGUAAAUGAAGGAUCUCACUGUGCAGUCCAGUCUGCAUCAAAACUA